AUGGCCUCUUCAACAGGCCCUCGCAUGGGAUGGAUCGGUCUGGGAUCCAUGGGCCUGGGUAUGGCCUCAAACCUCCAGAAGCAUCUGUCCAAGAGCCGCGACAUCCCACAGCUCACAUAUCACAACCGCACCAUGUCCCGCGGGGAGCCCCUCCAAACGCUCGGCGCCUCUCCAUCAGAAACCAUCCGUGAUCUCGUCGCCAACACAGACAUCAUCUUCAUCUCGCUCAGCGACGAUGCUGCCCUCUCCCAGACCCUGGACGGUCUCCUAGCCGACGGCGCAGCAGAGCACCUCCACGCCAAAGUCAUCGUCGACACAUCCACAGUGCACCCAGACUCAUCCAUCAAGGCCAGGGACCGGCUCGCAGCCAAGGGCGCCCUCUUCGUCGCCGCUCCGGUGUUCGGAGCGAGCCCCGUUGCCGUUGAAGGCAAGCUCCUCUGGAUCAUGGCCGGUCCCAAGAUCGCGAUCGAGGCCGUCUCCCCCUACAUUCUCGACAUCAUGGGCAGGAAGAUCAUCCAGAUGGGUGAAGACGUCAGACAAUCCAGCCUCCUCAAAACCGCAGGCAACUUCGUCACAGCCGCAAUGAUGGAGGUCGUCGCCGAGGCGCACGUCUUCGCCGAAAAGACGGGCCUCGGCGACGACGCCAUGUCCGCCCUCUUCGAGUUCCAGUACGGGCCCCUCGCGCACAACAUGUCGCGCCGCCUGAUGAGCGGCGCCUACAUCCCCGCGCCUGGCGAGCGGCCGUGGUCCGACCUGCGUCUUGCCCUCAAGGACGUUGCGCACGGUGUGCGCUGCGCCGAGGACGCCGGUGCGAGACUGCAUGUUGGGGAGCUGGCGCUCAAGCAUCUUCAGGAGGCCAGUCGGGAGGAGAGGCCGCUGGAUUCGUCCUCCCUGUAUGGCGUGUUGAGAAGACAGGCUGGGCUCGAUUUCGAAUCGGACUUUGUCAAGGAAAGAGAUGGAUCUAAAUAA